AUGUCUCUGACAGCGGAUCCACCAGCCUGCACGGUGCCGGCCGCCGGCGGUUCCUCCGUCCACAAGCUCGUCAACGGCGGCGCCGAGAAGCUCAUCUUCAAGAUCAAGUCGUCGAACAACAACGAGUACCGCAUCACGCCCGUCUUCGGCUUCGUCGAGCCGUCCGGAUCGACGGACAUCACUGUAACGCGCACCGCCGGCGCCGCCAAGGAGGACAAGCUCGUCAUCCACUUUGCGCCCGCUCCCGCCGACGCGACCGACGCGCAGGCCGCCUUCGCCGCACUCACUCCCGCCGGAACCGUCACCAUUCCGCUCUCCGCCACUGCCUAA